AUGGCGUGUCCCAUCACCGUCUCGAAGUUCGUGGGCACAGUGUCCCUGGGGCUGCUCACGGGCAUGUCAUACUCCGCUUCCAGCGUCGCCAUCCCCUCCCUGAGUCUUCUUCCGACUGCCAGCACUGCCUCCCGGUCUCUCAAUGAAGUCAAGCGGUUGAACCGUAAGCAUGGUCUGCGACUGACCAACAUUGCCAACGGAUGUUUCCUGUUCGCGUAUUGCCUCUCUUCUAGACAGCGCAAGCACCCAUAUCUCAUCUGGGUGUGUGUCACCUCCACCGUUGGCUCUUAUGCUUUCGACUAUUUGUUCCACCGCCAGGAUGGUUUCGUGGCCUGGAUUCAGUCUGUUCUGCAGGACACCGGAUGCGGAUUCCUGACCGUCCAGAAGCAAAAGAAAGAAGAGGAUAUCGUGGUGGUCGAGGCAGAGGAGAAUGUCAAUGGUGAAAGUGUACAGAAGGAGAUGAACACGGAGCGUCGAUUCCAGCAGGUGCGGGCUGUCUUCUCUGGCAUUGCCCUCGCCAUGGGUAUCGUUGGGCUUUGGGGCGACCGUCGGCCUUCCAUUUAA